CUGGCCCAAAGUGCACGAGCUGCUCUGCAGAGCCAGGCUGGAGCAGGGUGGGGAUGCAGCUCAGAUCUGCAACCCUCCAGACCACCCCGAGCCCCCUUUCCAAGCCAGAAGGAGGAUAUGAGAAAGGAGGAGGGCAGGCAUUUGGAGGUGUGAUCCUGCCUUAAAACACCAGCCACGCUGGGUUUGAGCAUUAGGACACUCUCACCUCCCCAGUUCUCUCAUGAACCUCCCAGAGCAUCUCUGGCAGCCUUGCAGAAUUCCCAACUGGGGAAUCAGUCCCUUUUGGUGACCUUCUGGUUUGGAUGCAAAUGUUUUUCCUUCAGGAAAGCUCCCCCUGGAGCCCCCAGGGAGCUGCUGGAGGGAUCAAAGUGCCACCAGCUGCUCCUCUGCCCCACGCUCCCUAAUCCUCUGCAUUCCCCUACACCCACGUUCCCACCCACCUCCCCCGGGUCUCCCCCACCUCUCUGGGGGCCGGAAUGUUCCUCCACAGCCCAGGGCAGGAGCUCAGGAACGGGCUCAUUAGGCAGGAGUAACAAUUACUGGGUGAAGGGAGAUAUGGAUCGUCGCCAUGAGUCAAACACUGAAAUCCCACUUUGAUAGGUAAAUAAUCCUUAUCAUUCCCGAGGGUGUCUCACUUCCCAUAUAUGUUAAACACCAUAUAAAUGGUCCUGAGGCUGUUAAAGCUCCUCAUUCAGUCGACUUUUACCUUCUAAAUGUGUUUCCUAUGGCUCAAGAAGCUUUACCGGUGCCUCCGAGCCAAAUGUGCCCACAGGCGCCGGGGCUACUCCAGGGACAUCUCCCUGCACCACGGAGGGUUCUGCUCCGGGAGCUUCUCCGACCCCCUCGGACGCGCCUCCUUCUCCUGUGGUAGGGAAGGCUCAGUCACCUACACCCGGAGACCUUCCUACAGCCCACGACCCUCCUACUGCCCCCCCGUGCCGGCGUCCCCCCCCUACAGCGUUUCGGGGGGCUACACGUGUGGCGGGGGGGGCUCCGUGGUGAUCCCCGGCGGGGGCUGCGGGGGCACGGCCGGCUGGGGGGGCACGGGGGGCACAGUCCCCGUUUAUGCCCCCAGGGGGGGAGGAGGGGACUGGGGUCACAGCCUGGGGGGCGAGGGGGGGUCCACCCUCCACCCUGGGGAUUUGGGAGGAGGGUCCGGAUACGGAUUCCCUGCCCCCCCCAGCGAUGCCUCGGCAGGGGGGGGCACUGGGGGACCGGGGUACUACAGUGGAGGGUCUGGCUACGCCCCCGGGGGGGUCUCGGGCCCAGAGCUCAGCCCCGGGGGGGGUGGGUGCUCCCAGGUGCUGCAGCAGAAGUGCCCCGUGGUCGUUCCCAGCACCAAGAGCCAGCAGUGCAAACAGAAAAGCCACUGGCCCCCCGGGCAGAAGAAGUGACUGACCCCCCAGAAGUGCCCCUGGGUGGGCCACAGGGGGGCUUUUCCAUGACCACACGUGUUCCUCGUGUCCCUCACACGGGGCUGAGCCGCUGAUGGCACUGCUGGGAGAAGUGGUUUGUGACUGGUGACAGGAAAAGAUUCCUCUCUCCGUGUCCCUUUGGAUCACGGGCUGGAAAAUAAAACUCCGUAGCCUGGGCGUAGUUUUAAUAUUUGAAUGAUUUCUUUCAUUUCUGGCUCCUUCACCCAAAGCACAAACAGAUCCUCGAGGAAUCUCCACAGGACAAAGUGUUUCUGCCAACAUUUUUUGUGUAUAUUUUAGAGCCACACUGAAAUGUAACAUUGGUUUUAAUGGAAUUAAAAUACAGUGUUUUCAACAGCAAGAGGAGGUUCAGAUGGCAAGAGGACGGUGCCAGACUUUUCAGUGGUGCCAGAGACAGGACAAGGAGUGAUAUCCAUAAACUAAACCUCAGGAAGUUCCACCUCAGCACAGGGAAGAGCUUCUUUCCAUGGAGGGUGGGACAGGUGCCCAGGAAAGGCUUGGAAUCUCCCCCUCUGGAGACAUCCCAGACCCACCUGGACGUGCCCCUGUGUCACCUGCUCUGGGUGACCCUGCCUUGGGCUGGGUGAUCUCCACAGGCCCCUUCCAGCCCCAACUAUUGUGGGAUUCUGGGAUUCUGUUCUUAAUUUGCCUCUUGCCGAAGUCAGAGCUGUUCCCUCCCCAUGGAAAAGCUGUUCCCUGCCCAGACCCCCCCCAGGGACACCCCACGAGCCAAAUGAAGGAGAUAUGCAAAACUCCCGGGGGUUUUCCGCCUGAUUAUUAUUUACAGCGUGACCUGGGGAGUGAAAGGUUGUUUACCUGGGAACAAUUCCACGCCGGGCUCCUGUCCCAGGGAGUUGCAGGGAUGGUGCAACUCGAGCACGUCACCCCCAGUGUGAGGCAACUCAAACCAGCUCGUUGGCUUCUGCUCCACAACCUCCCUCACGACAUCUCUGGAUGGGAUCAGGCCCUAAAUUAGGCACAGCUUAGGAAGAGAUGGUUCCUCCGUGCCGGGGCAGCGCGGGGGAGGUUGAACAUCCCGCCUUUGCCAAACGUCUCAUCUGCCAGGACUGCGGUUGUUUGA